CGUGAUCUGAGAAAGGGUUGUUUGCAUCGCAGAGCCCCAUCGUUUUCAACCCCCCCUCGUUGUGCCGCUCGCAUCCAAGACCAAAGUGAAACCAUAGGAACUCAACCUAACAGAUGAACUAAAGAAACGGCCGCUAAAGGUUAGGUUUCCCGCACCCCUCCACCAUAGUCUAUAAUACUCGUACGGACAAAUUACGGUAACGCCGCCACAAUAUCCACAUACCAUCCCCACCACCACCACUACCACCACCACAAUGCCAAUCUUGCCCCAAAUCACCCCAUCAGAUAAAUAUCUCUAUCUCUCAGCUGGCCUACUGGCAAUAUACGCCAUUUACACUACUCACUCCCAACUCAACAAGUUCCGUUCAAGAUGUGUUUCGAAACCGAAGGUGGUACCGCCGGAUGCGGGAGUUGAUCAGACGACCGAGGAUGCAAUCAAGCUAGAAACCUUGGAAACCCUAGCCCGUGGGAUUAACGUCGAUAUUCGGAACGCCGCCCUGAAAAUCAUAACCGACCGUGCGACAACCGACGAAAACAUUGUCCACCUCCUCUCGCAAGUCCGUUCCUCCACGCCCUCGCAGCGCCUACGCUCUCUCCGUGCGCUGCGCUGCUGCACCUACAGCACAACGCUGCAGAAGCUCUGUCAGAAGCUUACCUUCAGCGCCCUCGUCAGCUGCCUCAACAGCACCCUGCCCACAGACGAGAACCCCACCGGCGACCCGUUUAGCGAGAAGGAGGCGCUCUACAUACUCGCGAGAUUGAUGGGGCUCUACUUUGUCGGCAGGGAGAUGCUGGUCGAUGCGGGGUUUGUGCUCUGGUUGGCUAGGGCUAAGGUUCCCGGAUACGCGAAUGUGGUCGAGGCCGUGUUUGAUGAUGAGGGCGUGGAUCUCGUGGAUCCGAGUCUUGUUCAGAUUGUCCACGUGCUCCAGGAGAGUGUUGAGGCUAGGGGGGCGCUUGAGGAUGCGGGCUUUAUGUUGAGGGCCAGGGAUGCGGGUGGUGGAGGGGGUUCGCCCGACGGGGGGAGGCCUGGGGAAGGGAGUGAGGGGGAGAGGGAGGACGGGCAGCUGGAGGCGCUGGUUAGGAAUGUCUUUAUGGGCAUCGGGAGGGAGCGCGCGGGCAGCACCAAUGGUACCGCAGAGCCGGCGCUUGAUGAGUUACUGGACGAUGAGGCUCUGGUUAUGGCAGGGUGGGAUGAGGAGGUGCUUGAUCUUUGA